AUGUUCAUGUUCACGGCAUAUUUGUUAUUUGACGUUGUAUUUUCUCACUCACUUGGAAAAGACUGUGGACCUGCUGAAUACAAAACUUUAAGCAUAAAUAGCAAAUGCUGUCCAAUGUGCAACAAAGUUGUAAGCAGAGACUGCACAACCGAGUCCAGCACAUCUUGUAUACCGUGUGAAACAGGAACAUAGUACAUGAAUGAGGCAAAUGGUCUCACCAGCUGCUUUCCCUGCAGUCACUGUGAUUAAGGACAAGGACUUUUUAAACACAGAAAGUGCACAGUUAAAAGCAAUACUGUGUGCAAUGUUCUAGAUGGAUAUUACUGCAUACACAAUAUAAGCCCAGAGUGUAGCUUUGCAGUGAAACAUACACACUGCACCAGGAAAGGGCAGAGAACUAAAGUACAAGGAACGAAGAGCACCGACACACUAUGUGAAGAUUGUCAACAUGGCUUUUAUUCUGAAAAUGGGGUGAACUGCCCCGCUUGGACUGAUUGUGCAUCAAAAGGAAGAGUGACAACUGAAGAGGGAGGGACUGAGACAGAUGCUGUCUGUGCAAAAGCAACAAGAAAGCAUUCUGUUUUAAUUGUUAAAUGUAUUUCAUUAUUAAUAACAACACUUGUAAGCUAUGCAUUUACUUAAGAACAUGUUAGUACUGUACAAUGCUGCAAGCAAAAUAAACCCAGACUCUCAUACACUAAUGUUUUUUUUUUUUUACUAUGAAAGCCAAGUUUAAAACUUUUUACAAUUGUCUUUAGAAUGUUGCACUUCUGCAAAUGUCAUAUUCAUUCAAUCCCAGAAGAUGGCGCACGCGCCUAAACGAAUAUAGCCUACUAAAUUGUUUGGUGAUUCUAUGUAAAGCUGUCUAUAAUAAAUAUGUAAACUGUU